AGGUACCCAGCAGCUAUCAAUUUACAAUGUAAGUUUCCGGUUCAACCUUUACUCAAUUCAAAAAACAUGUUUUUAUUUUAUAGCAUCUAAUCCAAAAAGGUGUCGAAAUUCACACAUAAUUAAAAAGAUGCUUCCUCUAACAUGUGCUUCUUUUCUACUGAAUUCGUCCAGUUGAUUUUUACAUCUUCACAAAUUAUGAUUUAUCCCCCCUUGUCAUCACUUUUGAUCAUUUUGUUAUCAUCCACUUCACUCGUUCAAUCGACCAAUCCACCUACAGAAGUUCAAUUCGACGAAAACUUCAUCGUGAAGCAUUAUUUCGUGGACAAAACGCUCCUACUACGAGAAUUAUUCAAAGACGACGGUCCCGAUUACAAUUACAUUAGUUACCCUUCAAAAUGGGGCAAAACGACAACCCUGCAAAUGAUAAAACGCUUCGCUCAAAUCGAAAUAGGCAAGAAUCGCGUCCCUCUGAACUGGAACCAGACAAAAGCUUAUCAACUUUUCAAGAAUUUGAAAAUCGCUCGACAUCCAGAAGUACUCGAAAAACACAUGGCUCGUUACGCCGUCAUUCAUUUAGAUUUAAAAAUCGAUAUCGAAGAGGAAGAACCGAUCAACGACGAUAAUGUGGUCAGAGCUUUAAACGAAGUGAUUCGCAAAUCCUACUUUGAAUACCGUUGGCUCGUCAAGUUGGCAAAAAACUUGGUUAAAGGUGUCCCAAAAUCCGAAUCUAUCACGGAUAGAGCUCUGCAAGGUACACUCGAUCAAGUAGAGCAACGAGAAAGUAUUCUCUUUUUGGCUCAACUACUGAAAGACUUUUUCAGAGCGAAUGUGCUUCUGUUAAUCGACGAUUACGAUUAUUUUUCAAAUAAAGCUUUCGUGAGCGGACGAAAGUACAUAGAUCGGUAUAAGAAAAUUGUCAGAAUGAUCGUCAAGAAAUGUUUCACGUAUGGAAACCUUUACAUAAGUCACGCGGUCAUAUUUGGCAGCAGCAGUCUUAAUUAUAAUUUCAGUUCGUACAAUUACCCCAAAGUAGGACAUUACGAGCUCGGAAACCGGAUGUUUUUAUCUGAUGAUCGUUUUGGAGCUUUUUUAGGAUUCACUGAAAACGACGUGAAUACUCUUUGUCACAAAUACCAAUGCACUGAUGAGGAAACUCAACAAUUGAGGCUAUGGUACAAUGGCUACUUGACUCGAAAGUUACAUUUACACGACGAAGAAACUAAUAAAUUAAAAUGGAUGGAUGUCCAAACAUUCGGAAGCGAGCAGAGAUCAAUCUAUAAUCCUUAUUCCAUCACUCAGUAUUUUUCUCAUCGAUCAUCAUCCAAAAAAAUGACCCCAGUUUUUAAGAAUUUCUGGCCUCAAAGUCAAGAUCUCCAAUUCAUGUAUAAUUUCCUACGAGUACCCGAAUUUCGGGACAAAUUCGUGGGGCUUUUCAAAUACGACGGUAUCGAAAUGCCAUUCGAUCGAAACGAAAUACCGCAGGCUUUUCAUCAGUUCACCUCGAUGGAAAUUUUCAACGAUCAAAUGAUCGAGCUACAAGAUGCUGAAAAUCUACUCGUAGGUUUUUUUUUCGACUCUGGAUACCUGUGUUAUUCUAAUGAUCUUUAUCACGUUGCUCGAAUACCUAAUUACGAAAUUAAACAUACCCUGAUCGAAAUUCUCUUGGAUUUUUAUCAAAAAAGAAACAUGCCUAUGGAUGAAAUUCGCGACUGUUUUGAUCGUAUAAUCACAGCUACCUCUUGGAAUGAUUCUGUAAUCGUGGCUUCAGAAGCUCAAGAAGUGUUAUCAAGGACAUUUAGAAUUAUUAGUAAACCGUAUUACUACAAGAGAAUGCCCACAAAUCAGGACAGCGAAUUGGAACCAAUUCGUCAAGUUCUUCUACCUAAAGGACCAGAGUUGCAUAAUAUCAUUUUCACAGCAGCUCUGCAUACCUCGCUGGGAAAAAAUAAUACGGUGGUUAAUGUGACUGAGACUGGAGAUUAUCGUGAACGAGAUGAUAUCUUGGUGCACGAUCGCGCAAACAAUAAUGCUUUGAUUAUUCGGUUUAGAAAUCAAACUAAUAUGGAGAAAGCAAUACCGGUGGGAUUUAGAAGAGCACUAAAACCUAAGAAAAAUAUCACUAAGAUUAAAUUUCUCGUUGUCAAGGUUGAUCAAAGACAACAAGUUGAGACUUUGGUGCAAAUAUUUAACUGAAAAGUGAGCAAAUACCUUGAUUUAAUGGCAAAAAAUUGCGACAUUAGGAAAGUCAACAGGUAUUAAAUGAAACAAUUGGCAUAUUUUGACAUUUUAAAUUCACAAAGAAAAUAUUUGAGAAGUUUUUUUUUUUUUGAAGUAUCAUGUACUUAUUUUUUUUUAAACAGCAAAAAAUCAAGACCAUUUUCAAAAUUUUCGGAUUUUGAACUCUGGCGGAGAAAGUCGAACGAUUGGUUUGAAAAUUUGAAACUUUUCCUACGUCUUAUUAAGAUCAUUUGGCCUAUUAAUUUAUCACACUCCAAGAGGAAAAGUUUGAAAAAAUCAGCCUAACCAUAUUUAAUAUUUUUGACAGGGUUUCGAGGACAUUAUCAGCUGAAAGUAAUGGAAUUCAGUUUUGGAAAUUUUUCAUCAAUUUUAUUUAAAAAGUAGGUAGGUAAGCUUAUUGCAAUUUUGGUACAAGAGUUUUGAAACCCGCUCUUCAUAAAAAGUCAACUUUCGUUGAAAUCGAGCCAAAAUGUUUAACUUAUUCAAAAUUUGAAAAUUCUGAAAUUCAGCAUUCUACCACUAACUUACUAAAAAUUAUUUCAAUUCAAUUGAACUAUGGACACAAGGUAUAUACAUAUUCCUUUUUCAACACAGUUCUCAUAUUUUCAAGCAAUGAAUAAAUCAUAAUUCAGUAAA